AUGCUUCAGCUGAUCAUUUCGCCAGCUAUUUUGCUUAUUUCAACCGUCAUUCCACUCCAGCUCACCAUCGAGUACCUAAACUUGGGUGGCAGUGGUGCCGAGUCAAGCUCUCUGAGCGUCUCACUCCUUAAAUUCUGGUGUCUGCACGCCAUGAUUCGUGUCGUUCCCAACCCCUUAGUAUACAUCUUCCAGUCACUGCCCCUGUCAAACAUCGCGGAACUAGCGGCGUGGCUAGUGCUUGCUAAAGAGCUGGUAAGCCAGUUUUGCAGGCUGGAAACGGCCAAGGGCCUCCGUGUGGACCCCAACACGCCAGCAUCAAAAGAACCCAGAUCAGGCUGGGCCAGCUACUUUCUAUCGAUAUCCAAUCCACCGCCGACUGAUCGGUACGUUUUUGGACAGCUGACGUUCUACACCCUUAAAAUCAUGGAUAGGUGGCCCCUAGACUUGCAGAUUUUGGAUACCAGCUUUCGAACGGUGAUGGUGUGGAUCUCCCGAAUUCGGUCAAAAAGCCUCGUGAAGCCAGAGGAACCGCCCACAGGCUGGGCCUGGAGCUACCAGUGGUUUGCAGGUCAAACUACGCGGACCAACAGAUCGGACGAGGAAUACGAUUUAUUGGAAGACGUGAUCGAGGAUAUUAAAAGGUCAUAA